GUUGUUACUAUACAAUAGUCAAAUUUCUGUGACAAGUAAUGUAGAUAAUUCAUUUGUCUUUGUUUUUCAUAAUAUUAACACUUAAACAUCUGUGCAUUUCUGAUUGGUGAUCACCUGUUUUAGCUUUUAAUAAAUUCGUCACAGCUAAUUAUUAAUUUACCACAACAUUGACAAUUUUUUACCUAUCGCUUAUAUUUUGACUCAAGUUAAAUUAAGCGAUCUUUAUCGUUCCCGAAGUAUAUUUUUGGCAUAUUUUAAAUAUGGCUGAAAAAUACAAUACAAAAUGUCCUGGCGUAAAACGCCUUAUGCGAGAGGCCAUUGAAUUAGCUGAAGCUACCGAAGAAUAUUGUGCAAGACCUCUAGAAGACAAUCUAUUUGAGUGGCACUUUACAGUGCGUGGCCCUAGGGGAACCGAUUUUGAAGAUGGUAUAUAUCAUGGUAGGAUAUUAUUGCCGAAAGAAUAUCCUAUGCAUCCUCCUCAUAUUAUUCUAUUAACACCAAAUGGAAGGUUCGAAGUUAACAAAAAAAUUUGCUUAUCGAUAUCCGGCCAUCACCCAGAGACAUGGCAACCAUCGUGGUCAAUAAGGACAGCGUUAUUGGCACUAAUUGCUUUUAUGCCUACACCAGCUGAAGGAACGAUUGGAUCCUUAGACUAUUCUCCUGCAGAACGAAAGAUCCUUGCAAAAAAAUCAAGCAACUGGGUGUGCCCCCAAUGUGGUCAAACCGCUGAAUUGCUUUCUUCUACUGCCGCUAAACCUUUAACUGAAGAAGAGCAAACUGUUUUAAAUCAAAUAGCAUUCAAAGGAGAAGAGGAGCAAGCGCAAAAACCCCUUGGAGAACCCAUUUUUGAGCCUCAAAACAUACAGUAUACCCAACAGGUUUUGGAAUCCUCAGAUUCUGCAACAAGUUUCUUAGAUCAGUUGACAGAAAUCCUUGUAGCUUUAUUGAUUGGAGCAAUAGGAAUAUUUAUAUAUAGGCGCUGGAAUGCUCUUGCUGAUUCAGAAUUGUAAAUGAAACAAGUGUUUAUUAAAUAAAAUAUGUGUACAUGAUAUCACAUCAUAAAAUGCAAUUAAUUAAAUAAAUUGAUUUUAAAGCAUAAAUAAAUAUGGGUCUUUUUAGGGAAAAAUUAUCAUUAAAAAAAAUUAUUAACAUUAUUUUAUUUUUUAAUGGUGUGGUUUGUGAAGUAGAACCAUUAAAAAAAUUAUCCAAUUUUAAUUGUUUGAAAUCUGUGCCUUUUAAAAAGCUUCAUCUAUAUCUAAGGCAUAUAAUAAAUAUAAGUUAAACUUAUUUUUUGUUUACAACACUUUUAAAAAUUAUAGAUUUAUUAACUGCUUCUAAUUAAUUAUUAAAUAUUUUAUUAAGAGGCAGUGAUUUUUGUAUUGGUGUUCCUAAGAUAAUAUUUUUAUUUACAUACAUUAACUGUUCAAAGCCAUUCAUCAAUUUGUGGAUCAGCAAUUGGAAACAUCUGAAUAUGCUUGAUUUAUUUAGCUUCAUAUCAUGUGUAAAUUAAAAUGAUGGCUACCUGUAUAUAUUUUAGUAUUUUAUAUGAAUGUUGCAUUACAAAAACUUUGUAUAAUUAUUCAACUUUUAACUAUAAAACAAUGUCUUUUCGCUGUUCUAAUUUUUAUAGAAUUUUUAUUUAACAAUUUUGUAACUGACUAAGUUAUAUCAUCUUUAUGUCAUGUUUCUUUAUUUUAUGUAAAAAUUAGAUUCAAACAUAACAUGACUUCAGUUCAUAGAGAAUAAAGAUUGGUAAAAAAAAAAUGAAAGCUACAUAGUUUCUAAAACUUAUUUUGGCUUAUAAUUUUGUUUCAUAAAUUAUCUAAAUUUUAUUUCUAGUCUUUUUGUAAAAUAUAAACAUUCUAUGUAUUAUUCAUGGAUAAGGAUUAAAGCUAAGGAAUACUUUUAAUUGUAAAUAUUAAUCUCAUCCUUUUGUAAUUUUUUUGCUUUCUAAAUACAAACCAAUUUGUAAAAUAUGUUAUGAUUGUGGAUACAUUCCAAAAACUUAGCUGUAAUAUAUAUAUAUACACUAGAUUAAAAUUGGUGACAUUGCUACGAAAUUAAAUCAACUUUAAUAUCAUGAUUAUUGUAGAUUCUUGUAUAUUAAAUAAUAUAAAAUUUAUUUGUUU